AAUAAGUUAAACCAAUUUUGGAAAGCUACACUAUUCUUUUAUCUUUCUUGCAGAUGUCCUCUGUGGGGCCUGUCUUUAAGGGUAUAAAGAUGAUCCCUCCUGGACCUCAUUUUGUAUAUUAUAGUUCCUCGAACAGGGAUGGCAAUGAAUUCUCACCAAUAGUUGGCUUUUUUAUUGAUGCUUGUUCUUCGGAGGUAAUUGUUUGUAAAUGGCAUCAACAAGAGGAGCGAUUAGUCAAACUCUCAGAAGACGAGGAAGAGAGGUAUUCUGCAGCCGUAAAGAAACUGGAGUUUGAUCACCAACUGGGGCCUUAUGAUUUGGACCACUAUGGCGACUGGAAGAGGAUUUCAAACUAUAUCACUAAGGAUACCAUAAAAAGAAUCGAACCUCUUGGCGGUGAAAUUACUGUUGUUUGUGAGGCUGGAUUAGUUGACACGGGUCCUAAGUCUGCUGCCGAAAAAGCUUUAGCGGAGCAGUUGCAGAAUAGUAAGUUCUCAAUACCUGCUGAAAAGCCCCUCAAGCGACGAUGUUAUUACACGCCGAUUCCCCGUUUUGUCAAGAAUAAGAGCAUUUCAGGACAAGAACUUACUUCUUUGAACCAUGAUAAAACGCAAUUGCUAGAAACAAUACUGGCAAAAGAUUUUGGAGGUGCAGAAGAAUUUAUUCUUGGGGAACUCCAGUUUGCUUAUAUUGCAUUUCUGAUGGGACAGUCGCUUGAAGCAUUUCUUCAAUGGAAAGCUUUAGUUAGCCUCUUUUUCAGUUGUAUAGAAGCACCUUUGCAUACAAGGAGUCAGCUGUUCACAAAGUUUAUCAAAGUCUUGUACUACCAAUUGAGUUAUGGACUCCAGAAGGACCGUUCAAAUACGAUAGCUGUGGAAAAGGGUGCAACAGUUCUUUUGGAUGAUUCAUGGCUUACCAGAGACAGUUUUCUCCAUCGUUUUUGUAAGGAUUUCUUUUCUUUGGUGCUAGAGGCCUCAAUCAUUGAUGGAGAUCUGCUGACUUGGACAAGGAAACUCAAAGAACUUCUUGAGGACACACUAGGAUGGGAGUUCCAGCAGAGCAAUGCAGUGGAUGGCAUAUAUGCCGAAGAGGAUGACGAGUUUGCUCCCGUUGUUGAGAUACUGGAUGACUCGAGUUUUGGUGAAGCUACAACUUCUUAAAUCAUGGAUACCGGUAUUAAUUUGCCCUGGGGGGUUCCUCCCAUCGAGUUGGAGGGGCCUGUCUUCUAGUUUCCUUGACAAACUUCUUGUUCAGAUGGUUGCCCAGAGCAGUCAAUUCUGUUGCAGUUGGGUUGGCAACGGGGUGGCAA